AUGAAGCUGUCCAACCAGUCUGAGGUGCCCGUGUACACCAUCUCGGGUUCCAACACAGCCCGUCCACUCCCCGAGUGGCUCGCCAGACGCCGCAAGCGCAGCUUGAAGGACGACCCCGAAUAUGCGAAUCGCGUGGAGUUGCUGCAGGACUUUGAGUUCGAGGAGGCCAGUCAAUGUAUUCGUGUCAGUGAAGAUGGCGAAUGGGUUAUGAGCACAGGAACCUACAAGCCUCAAAUUCACACCCACUACCUUCCGCAACUGUCUCUUUCAUGGGCCAGGCACACGGUCGCUCUCAAUACUACUUUCCUUCUCUUGUCCUCCGACUAUUCCAAGUCCCUCCACCUUCAGUCCGACCGAUCUCUCGAAUUUCACACCCCGCAAGGAUGCCAUUACACCACCCGCCUCCCGCGAUACGGCCGCGACCUUUUAUAUGACCGAAAUUCGACCGAAGCACUUAUUCCCUCGGUUGGUGUCAACCAGGAUGGAAUGGGAGAGGUCUUCCGCCUCAAUCUGGAAAUGGGCCGAUACAUGAGAAGUUUCGAGGUUGACGUUGGCGGUGAUGAUUUCACAUCGGCAGGCGGCGGUACACUUCAAGGUGGAAUUCAUACUGGUGCGGUGAAUACUGGUGCUAUUGCAGAGGAGAGUCACGGUCUGCUUGCUUUUGGUACGACCGUCGGCACCGUCGAGCUGUGGGACCCCAGAGCCAAGGGCCGAGCGGGUGUGCUUCUGCCACCCUCACAGCCUGGACCGGACGAGCCCCGGAAUGAAAUCACUGCGCUUGAAUUCCAUCGCUCGGGUCUAACUCUGGGAACCGGUUCCUCUAACGGUCUGAUUCACCUCUACGAUCUUCGAUCCCCAGUUCCCCUGCUGAAGAAGGACCAAGGAUAUGGUUUCCCCAUUCAUACCCUCAAGUUCCUUCAACCAUCAACGGCUACCCGGGAGGCGACACUGGAGCCUAAGAUGAUGUCAGCCGAUAAGCGUAUUAUCAAAAUCUGGGAUCCCCGUGAUGGCAGCCCUUGGACCUCUGUCGAACCGGCAGUGGAUAUCAAUUCUGUCGCUUGGUGCAAGGACAGUGGAAUGCUCUUGACGGCGAACGAAGGUCGGCAACAGCACUCAUUCUUCAUUCCCCAGCUUGGACCUGCACCGAAGUGGUGCUCGUUCCUUGAUAACCUGGUUGAGGAGAUGGCUGAGGAUCCCAACGAUCCGAACGCCUUCGCCAGCUCCGCCGCUGGCUCUGUGUACGACAACUACAAGUUCUUGACUGUUCCCCAGCUUCGCAGCCUCAAUCUGGAGCAUCUUAUUGGACGCACCAACCUCAUGCGCCCAUACAUGCACGGCUACUUCGUUGCUCAGCGUCUCUACGAGGAGGCUAGGUUGAUCACCAACCCGUAUAUUUGGGAGGAAGAACGCGCCAAGCGCGUGAAGGAGAAGAUCGACAAGGAGCGUGAGAGCCGCAUUCGUGGCAAGAAGAAGGCGGCCGUCAAGGUGAACAAGAGGUUGGCCGAGCGGUUGAUGAACGCCGAGGAGAAAAAGGAGCGUCGGGAUGCCAAGCGUGUUCUCGAGCGUGGUGGCGACGAGGAGAUGGUUGAUGCUCCUGCCAAGGAGGAUGAGGAGUCAAAGAACAAGGGUGUCCUGGCCGACAGCCGUUUCAACGCCCUGUUCGAGGAUGAAGACUUCGCCGUUGAUGAGAACUCUCAUGAAUUCCGCCUCAUCAACCCCAGCACUGUUCCUAUUCCUGCUGGUCGCAAGGAACGUGGUCUUACUGCGGUCGAACAAGAAGCCGUGGACGACGUCCCUGGAUCUAGCUCCGACACCGACUCCGACUCAGACAGCGAGGCCGAACGUCCCGCGAAGGCUGAGCGCUCCAAUAAGAUCUCUUCUGCCGACUACAAGCGGACGAAGCGCGCCCCUCCCCGCAUGCAGGUCUCCUCUUCCACGCGCACCAACUCCGCCCGUGACAGGUCAUUCGGCUCUCGGGCUCAGAACAUGAAGGCGAAGCAAAGGCCCGCGCGGCAGACCGGUGUUACCGGCGAGCGAGAGGUCAGCUUCAUGCCCGCCAGCAAGACUAAGAACAGCAAACCCGAGGUCCGCUAUGACAAAACCGAGUUCAAGGCGAAGGAACGCCGCAGUGCCUCCGGUAACACAUUCCGUAAGAUGUAA